UACUCAUCACUUACCAUUUCACCAAACCACAGAAAAAUCUUUCAAUAGUCAACAAUAUAUGAUUCAUUUGUUAUGGAUUUAGGGAUGCGUUAAUUUAUAUACGACUCACUUAUAUUAAACGGCUUGAAUACGAAUUGGAAAUAUACAGUUCUAUUAAAAAAAAAAUGAGUUCUACUAGAAAAUCUAUGAGAAAAAGAAGGGUUACUACAAAAGCUGCUGAAGGAGAUCUUGCAAUUGGCGAUGAAAGCGAAUCGGCAGUUCGUUGCAUUUGCGGUUCUCAAACAGACAAUGGCGAUGUUUGGGUUCAAUGUGACGGUUGUGAUUGCUGGCAACAUGCUGGUUGUGUUGGACUUUCGGAAGACACAAUUCCUGAAAGUUAUUUUUGUGAAAAAUGUCGACGACCAGCUGAAAGUGAUCAUGAAAUUGAGCAAGAGGAAUCUUCAUCCAUGAAAUUACAAGAUCCGCAACCUCCCACUAAUAGGCCGGCAUUUGACUCAUACAUAGAAAAAGAACAAGCAAAUGGACCAUCUGGAAAAAUCGCCUUGAAAGACGAAGAAUCAACGUUUGUUCCACAAGAAAGAGAAGAAUCGCCUUCAUCAAUAUCUUCCCAAUCUUCUUCUGAUUCUGCGCCUUCCCCUGCUGGAGGUACGGAUUCUCCUAAUUCUACGACUGGUAAGCGGAAAACGUCUUCUUCCAGCUUUUCCUCUUAUACUCCCAAACGCAUUAAGGGUUCAGAACAAAAGUUACAAACCGAAACAGCUUCCCAGGAGGAUAUAAAUUUAAGUUUGUCGAUCGAGGAAUUAAAAAAUCCUGUCCGAAAGAGUGUAGCGAAAGCUUGGGUCUCAGUUUUCGAAACCAUUAUAAAAAAGGCAGAGAAAGAAGGUGUCGUUGGCUUACAAGGGAUGAAUACUACAGCCUUGGCACUCGAACUGGAAAAUACAAUGUUUUUAGAGCUGUCGUAUAAUGCAGAUCAAAGUACAAAUCCAAAUAAUAGAUACAGAGAAAAAUUUCGAGCUCUUCGCUUUAAUUUGGUUGAUGACAAGAAUCCUGCGUUCCGUGCGCGUGUUUUAAAGCAAGAAAUCCCUUUUUCCAAAUUGGUUCACAUGACCAGCGAAGAAAUGGCGAAUCCCGAUCUAAAAUCCUUGGCUGAAACUAUUCGUCAACAGAGUACUGAAAAUACUGUUUUGAAACAACAUACCCUUGGUUAUCGCAUUCGUACCAUGCAGAAUGGUGAAAUGAUUGUACAAGAUGAUCAAAAUAUCGAUACAAAUAGCUCAACCAUACUUCUGCCAAGCAAAGUAACUAUUCCACCUCCGCCUGAAGAAAGUAUUCCCCCGGAGACGAAUGAGUCACCUGCUAUCUCUGAAAGCAAAUCUGCGUCCAACUCUGAAGAACCUUCUAAUGAUUAUAUUAAGAAAGAAGAUACUAGUGAAAUAAAACAAAAUGUAAAUGUACCUUCGAUUGUUGAGAUUGAUGAUCCUUCUGUACUAGAUAUAGUUGAGAAGGAAUCACUGGUUCAUAAUGAACACCUGUCUUCUCCGUAUUCACCUAAAGAAGAAGAAGAAGCAUCAGAAGUAGAAAACGUUCCGACCAAAAAGAAAGUUCUAUGGAAGGGAAAGGUGAAGAUGGCUUCCAUCUCAGAAUUUUCGGCAGAAGCUAUAUUAUCGAGUGGUCAUAUUGACUUUAAAUUUUUAUUUGAGAUUUUGUCUUCAACCGCUUUGAUCGAAGGUCGAAUAAGCAUCUCUUCGACUCUUCAAUAUUUACGGGCAUUACAAAAAUCUCAGUCCAAGAGCAUUGUUUCUGUUCUAUUCCUUCCGAGUAACAAACGUGAAACAGAUGGAUUUAACGUUUUGUAUAAGUAUUUUUUGGAAAGGAAUCGGUAUGGUGUCCUACGAUCCAAAUCUGCUUCUGUUAAGGAUGCAUACAUAAUUCCUAUCCCUUCAGGUCAGGAUAUACCAGAAGUAGUAACCCUGUUGCAUGAUUCAAAGUUACCGAAAAAUCGCGAAUCUUUAUCUUUGUUAGGGAUAUUUGUUUUAAACAAGACUAACGCGAAAGGCGAUGCUAUUGAGCAUAUGCCCUCUUUGGGUUCCUCCUCUACAUUGUUAUCUUCUCUUCCAACUACGAAGCCAAUUGCUACUGAAAACGAAGAUAUUUUGGAUAAUUCCUUAAAAAGAUUACUUAAUGUGCUAAGUCUAGAAGACAUCUUUUUAAUAAGGCAUGUUGUAGAGAAUAAUCCAUUAAUUAAAGCCAACCCAAAUCUCGCGAUUGAUCCAAAGUUUAUGCAGAAGGCGAUCCUUGAUGAACAAAGCAAAUUUUUAAGGUAGUUAGUUUCAUUAGAGGAAUACACUUCAACAUAAUUAUACUGUCCAAUUGCUCCAUGAAGGUGUAAAUGGACGACAUGCUUUUGGUGGAUUUGUUUGCCCAUUCAUUAAUGAGCUAACUAUUCAUCAAAAAUGUAUGAAAGAUUGUGGAUUAUGACAAUUAAGCAAAGCGAAAUUAGCAAAAGGAUUAGAAAUCCUUGCAUAUAGCUUUUAUUGUAAAAUCAUACAUGGCUUUAUUAAUGCUAUUCUACAGUUUGGAUUUUGGUAAAUACGAUAUGACAAUGAAAUUAUAAUUUACAGUAAGAAACGAAA